GAAUAAAAAAUAUAAAGUAGCAACUGAAACAUGAGGCUCACAAACUGUCACUCACUCAUCUUCUUCUAUCUCUCACAAUGCAAGUUGUUCAUGCUCCAUCUUCACCUCACCUUUCUAUCCCAACCUCAAAACCACCACAGUUAACAUGGGGUUUGCUUCCUUCUGUGAAUGUAAAGUCUUCACCUUUGUUUGCCAUUCAUUCUUCUCUUCAGUCCCAGAGAGACCCUUGUUCGUUAUGGACUCCUACUCAGAAAAGGGCUACCUUGAGCUCCGGUGCUGCCAGAGCUGCUUCUGUUGAAGUUGGCAAUUCUUCAAUAUCAACUGGAACAGCUGAGGAAGAUGUGUUGAAAGCCUUGUCUCAGAUCAUUGAUCCCGACUUUGGAACAGAUAUUGUAACUUGUGGAUUUGUGAAAGAUCUAGUGACUGAUAAAAAUCUUGGAGAGGUAUCGUUUCGGUUAGAGCUCACUACACCAGCAUGUCCAAUCAAGGACAUGUUUGAGAAGCAGGCAAAUGAAGUGGUAGCAAUGCUCCCUUGGGUCAAGAAUGUAAAAGUCACAAUGUCUGCACAACCAGCUAGACCUUUAUAUGCAGAACAACUUCCAGCAGGUCUACAGACAAUUUCAAAUAUUAUAGCUGUGUCCAGUUGCAAGGGGGGUGUGGGAAAAUCAACUAUUGCAGUAAACCUUGCAUACACUUUGGCUGAUAUGGGUGCUAGAGUAGGUAUAUUCGAUGCUGAUGUUUAUGGUCCAAGCUUACCAACUAUGGUCUCUCCUGAAAGUCGAAUCUUAGAAAUGAAUCCAGAGAAGAAGACCAUAAUUCCAACUGAGUACAUGGGAGUCAAGCUGGUCUCUUUUGGAUUUGCUGGGCAAGGACGUGCAAUAAUGCGUGGCCCCAUGGUUUCUGGAGUCAUUAACCAACUUCUUACUACUACUGAGUGGGGCGAGCUGGAUUACCUUGUUAUUGACAUGCCUCCUGGAACUGGAGAUAUUCAGCUCACUUUAUGCCAGAUAGUCCCAUUAACUGCUGCUGUAAUUGUUACCACUCCUCAAAAGUUAUCAUUCAUUGAUGUUGCAAAAGGAGUUCGGAUGUUUUCAAAACUUAAGGUUCCUUGCGUCGCUGUUGUGGAGAACAUGUGUCAUUUUGAUGCUGAUGGCAAACGAUAUUACCCAUUUGGUAGAGGUUCAGGUUCUGAGGUUGUUCAGCAGUUUGGAAUACCUCAUCUAUUUGAUCUCCCUAUUAGACCAACUCUAUCUGCUUCUGGAGAUAGUGGAAUGCCUGAAGUGGUUGCUGAUCCUCAAGGUGAAGUUUCCAAGAUAUUCCAAAAUCUAGGAGUUUGUGUUGUGCAGCAGUGUGCCAAAAUUCGCCAACAAGUUUCAACAGCUGUCACCUAUGAUAAAUCCUUCAAGGCAAUUAAAGUGAAGGUACCGGAUUCAGAUGAACAAUUCUUUCUGCAUCCUGCAACAGUGAGACGGAAUGAUCGCUCUGCUCAGAGUGUGGAUGAAUGGACAGGGGAGCAGAAAUUGCAGUACAGUGAUGUUCCUAAUGAUAUUGAACCUGAAGAAAUUCGGCCAAUGGGAAAUUACGCAGUUUCGAUAACCUGGCCUGAUGGUUUUAGUCAGAUUGCUCCUUAUGAUCAGCUUCAGAUGAUGGAAAGGCUAGUAACUGUUCCUCAAAUAGAAUGAUAUUUUGGCUGUGAACAUCAGAUUGGUUGCAUCCAUGUACUUGUUGGGACUUGGGAAUGGUGAAAUCAUGCAUGUAUGAAAGCGUCAUUAGUUCUUCAAUUCUCCUUCAACCAAUAGGUAUAUUGGUAGAGUGUGAUAGAGCAUUAUGUAAGUUAUAGGUUGACCUUGAGAGUCAGUGAACACCUCAAGUUUUUUUUAUUACUUUCUUUUGUUCCUUUGAGUAAAAAGCAUUUAUGUUCCAACUACAAUAUUCGUAUAGUGAUUCAACAAAAAUAUGCAUAAUUUUCAUC